AUGCGAGCGAGGCAAGGCUACAUGGAUACUAAGCAUGCCUCGGCUUGGGCCCGGUCGAUAAGCCUUGACUGCUACCUGUUCGACGUGCUCGCAGAACGCAUACCAUCUCCGCACCGCGAUCCCUUAGCAAAGCUCCAUCACACACUUUCGUAUUACCAGUUAUCUGUCAGAUCACUCGGACUAGGUCAAACCUACGGGCAUCGGGGUCUCGAACAACCCCACCAUUUCGGUCUCGUGCUUCAGGGCAUGCUGUCAACGCAGCGAAGCACCUCUCGUGCACGCUUCGAGGAUGGGUAUGAGCACAUCAUUAUCAAUGUGCUUCGUCAGAGGCGCAAGAUCGCGAAUGUGGGGUCCAAAGUGCGGCAUCUACACGGCAUCAACUGUACAGCGAGGGAAACAUCCUCAAUGGGCCCAAAUGGGGUGCAUUGGUCCUUGGACAUCCUCAGACUCUCAUGCGAGAGUACUCUGGGGUCAGGUGGCAAGCGAAACUCUCGAGAAAGGGAGCAGAAGGACGCAGCAGAAGCCAUAGCGGUACAACGGAGGAGUGUGCGCACAUCGGCGACCUCGAUGCUGGAGGCGGAGGACUCCUCGAGUCCACUCUCGCGAUCGUAG